AUGUCAGGCGCACAAGUUCCCGAAGAACCGCCACCAAGUUACUCGCAGGCCACCGGGUCAUCAGCAGCUCCAGGGCCACCCUCAUCCUCCGCCGGGCCCAGCUCUGGCAAUGUGGCCAGCUCUCACCUCAAUGUCCCGGGUGCAUCACCAUCACAAGGAAAGAAUGGCGGCAUUCCAGCAGAAUAUCGGAGGAGCAUGGAGGACGAGAUGCGUCCACUGCCAGAAGGCUGGGUGAGGACCUUCGAUCCCAAUAACCACCACCAAUUCUUCGUCGAUACCACCAAAGAUCCGCCGAGAAGCAUAUGGCAUCACCCAUACGAUGAUGAUGAGUAUCUCGCGACUCUUUCGGGCGAAGAGCGCGAGCGUAUCGAACAGGAUAGCAUGAAUCGGGGUAAGCACCAUCCCAGUCAUGACGACAUUGUUGGUGCGCACUCAGAGGAUGAGGACGAUCACCAACAUGCCACAGCAGCUGCAGCGAGCGCAUCGUCUUCGUCAGGCACGAAACCGGAUCUCCCACCACGACCCGAUGGCAAAGGCAAGCAGCCGGACAAUCGCUCGUUUGGGCGCAAGUUCAAGGACAAGGUUACUGGCAUGACACAUGAGCAGAGAGUGGAAGAGCGCAAGCGGCGAGCAGAAGAGGAGCAGCGGGCGUACGAGCAACACAUGCGCAUGCGGCAGGCAAUGGCAAGAGCAAUGGAGACAGGACAGCCGCAACAUCUGGGCAAGGAUAGAGAUGGCAAAGACAUUUAUAUUGAGCCACCGCCUCCACCGCCUCAGGCAGGAUACGGUCCCUACGGUCGGAAUGGCUAUGGAUACAAUCCCUAUGGCGGCAAUUCAUAUCAGCCAGGCAUCUACACCACACCGAACGCCCGAUACAUCCGGCCUGCUGCUCCAUACGGCAGGCCAUACGGCUCCGGCUUCGGUGGAGGCUACGGCUUGCCGCUUGCUAUCGGAGGUGGUUUGCUCGGUGGUAUGCUGCUUGGCGAUGCGUUGCUGUUCUAG